AUGGACGAUUGGAAAUCCCUCGACCCACGCCCGCUGCCGCACCGUCGGACUCCUUCGUCGAGGAGGAGGCCUUGGACUGCGAUCUUGCUACUCGGGGCAUCCGGCUUUCUUGCGUGGACAACAUGGUCAUCUACUGGAUCGUCAAGUCCAGCGCCCGGGCCAGGGCCAGGGCCUACACCGAGUGGAUCCGAGGCGCCUUUUAGCUGGGACGAGAUUUACCCCUCGCCUUUGCUGGACUACCAGGACUGCGGUGAUGGCUUCCAGUGUGCACGCCUGCAAGUACCUAUGGAUUAUAAUCGCACCGAGGCGGGCGAUCGAACAUUUUCCCUUGCGAUAGUUCGUAUCCCCGCCAAGGUGCCAGUUUCGGAUGCCCGAUACGGCGGCGCUGUUUUGAUCAACCCAGGUGGCCCUGGUGGCUCUGGAACAUUGUCAGCUUUGUUAUCCGGUCGUAAUCUGCAGACUAUUGUUGAUGCAGAGAACGAUCCGUAUAAAGCCGCUUUUGACGAAAAUGACAGGUAUUUUGAUAUAAUUGGAUUUGAUCCGCGUGGUGUUGGUGCAACCACGCCUGCAGUAAUGUGUUUUCCCGAUCCUACAUCCCAAAAAGAAUGGGAGCUACAAUUGGAAGCAGAGGGUAUGCUGGGGAGUUGUCCAAAUGCCCUGCAAAGAAACUGGCAGCGGACUCAGGCCUUGAAUCAAGGUUGUUCUGUUUUUGAUAUGAACGCUGGAGCUGGUGCAGCUAACGGUGACGACCCCAUGCUGUCUUAUCUGAAUACUCGCCUAGUUGCCCAGGACUUGGUCACCAUCAUCGAGCGCCAAGGCGAGUGGCGCGAGAAACAGGGUCAAAAAGCACAGGUUACUCAUGAUAACUGCCACGGUGUGGAUGAGUCGCGCGCUAUUCUGAGACGCACGCAAUGGCGUGUUGAUAAAGAACCACUAUUAUACUGGGGUAGAUCCUAUGGUACCGUCCUCGGCGCGACCUUUGCAGCAUUAUUCCCAAAUCGAGUUUCACGAGCGCUGCUGGAUGGCGUCGUGGAUAUGGAUAAAUAUUACGAAGGGAGAGGGCCCAAUGUUAUCGCGGAUGCAGAUGCGAUCUUUGACAAAUUCGGUCAAUACUGUGAUGUUGCCGGGCCAGACGGUUGUCCCUUCUAUGUUGACGGCGGGCCAGAGGUAAUCAAGGAUGCGUAUUGGACACUUGAAAACCAGAUCCUGAACAAUUCCAUUCCGGUUAUGGCUUCUCGAACCCACGGGCCGGAGGUCGUGACCUGGACUGACUUGAAGGCCAUCCUCCGCGUCUCCAUGGGGGACCCAGAGCCAAUGGCCGUUUUCAAGCAUAGCAAGCAUGUCGAAACCUGUCCAUCGAAGGCGUGUAAAAUCGCUGGCCCUUGGUCUCCGGAAUGUAGCCUGGGUCAAGAUAACACCCUAUACGCGAGUGCGGCUAUUCUUUGCUCUGACGCUAGUUACAUGACACUUCAUGAUCGGGAGAGUUUCGAGGAAUUAUGGACUCAACUCAAGUCCGAUAGUGCUACUCUUGGCGACUACUGGGCUCAGCUACAAAUGGCCUGUGUGGGAUGGCAAGCUAAGGCCAAGUAUAAGUUUACAGGGCCUUGGGGCGGUGUCACGGCGCAUCCCAUUCUAUUCGUCUCUAAUAAAUUGGACCCAGUGACGCCUCUUCGCAGUGCACAACACAUGUCCAAACAAUUCCCUGGAUCGGCAGUUCUUGAACAAAAUUCAGAAGGCCAUACCACGAUUGCAGCGCCUUCGCUUUGCGUAGCCAGGGCGAUUCGAAACUAUUUCCAGACCGGUGCUCUUCCAGACGCAGGGACUAUCUGUGAGGCUGAUCUAAAGCCGCUAGUGGGUGCGCCAGAUGGCAUUCACAGUCUCGGCAGGGAUCUGAGCCCUGGGGACCGCAAGCUAUUGGAUGCUUCGCUGGCCGAAGCGAUGCGGGGACACUUCCCACAUAUAUCGUUCGACUGGAAUAUGUCCUAG